AGUGCACUGCUGACACACCUAGCCUCUAUACGUUAUUGUUUCAUUAUGUUCCCCCCCCUCAGUGUAGGUCAACUUAUGCGCACCACUCUUGUGUUAUCUUACCAGUUGCUGUCUGUGCUCUGUUUUUGUUGGACAGUCGUUCUGGCGGAAAACGGACGUCUGGGCAAUUUGCCAAAGGUGUUGGACACCUUCAACCGGAUUAUGACUUCACAUCGCGGUGAGGUCUCCUGCGUGGUGACCACGGCCAAGCCGCUGGACAAGACAGUGGAGCGCGAACUGAUGACGGCGCUGAGUGGCUUCCUGGAACCGGGCCACAAACUGAACCUGCAUCUCAAGGUCGAUCCUCAGAUCAUUGGGGGCAUGAUUUUGAGUAUUGGUGACAAGUACGUCGACAUGUCCAUCCUCCGGAAAAUCCGAUCCUACAAGGCUGUCCUUGAGCAACCCGUCUAG